GUCCACUCAUCGCUGGCUCGCGUCCCUCCGGCUCUGCUGUUGGGUCUUGAUACCAGCGACCUGGGUCUGACGAUGACUUAUUAAAGCGCCUGGUGGGACACUUUUCCGAGAUGUCCGUUGGGCCUGCGGACUUUUUGUCAAAGACACCACCAUCCGUUCACCUCCCGCCCCCCCUGCCAGCGCCAACUGCUGGUCCAGACCAAAGAACCCAAGAAGUCUGAGGUAAACGUCUGGCUUUAGCUCCUCGCCUCGUCUCUUUGAUGUCCAACUCGCUGUCGUCGCGCAACCCCGCUCCGCCCCUGGGCGUCGAGGCCCAGAAUGCCGCGACUGACGAGGGCGCCUCUGGGCGCAAGCACAAGACCACGGCCUGCGAGGAAUGCAAGAAGAAGAAGCUCAAGUGUCGGGGCGACCCGCCGUGUCAGCACUGCGUCGCCAACAACAUUGAAUGCCGCGUCGACGAAAUGGCCGAUCAGCGCCGCAAACUGCCCCAGAAACGUAAACUUGAGGGUCUGGAGCAAUCCAAUGACAUCCUGAUGCGCAUUCUCAGCGCGAUCCGCGACAGCGAGAACAAGCGCGUCGCCCAGCUGAUGAGCCUUAUCCGGAGCCACCCCUCCAUGUCCGAACUGCACAAGUUCCUCCAGGAGAACUUUACUCGGUCGGACAUUGAGAAAUCGCCCGAGUUACGUGAGGUUCAGCUCCAUGUUAUGCGCUCCACUGAUCCUGUGACGGAGGCCGGGGGGCCUGCCCCGCGGCAGCCGCGGCGGAUGCUGGACGUCCGCCGCCUCGCCGAUAGCCCUGUCUACAGGGUACCGGCCAAACCCUGGACUACUGUGACUGACGACGAUGACCUCGUUUCUCACCUCGUCUCUCUUUAUUUCACCUGGAGCUACCCGUUUUUCUGCUGGCUGGACCGGGAGGUAUUCAUCAGAGAGAUGCAACGGGGCGACCUCAACAGCCGGUAUUGCACGCCGUUCUUGGUAAACGCAAUCCUCUCUGAGGCCAGUUAUCAUUCUGAUUACGCAGAGGCCUUUACCAAGCCGAACGACCCGAUGUCGCGGGGCCAGCACUUUCACGAUGAAGCACGGCGGUUGCUCGAUGAGGGAGAGACGGAGGGGACCGUCAGUAUUGCUACUAUUCAAGGUCUUAUGAUCUUAUGGGUCAGGCUGGUUCUGAUGGGUAAGGAUCGCGUGGGCUGGGUGUACCUGAAUCUUGCAUGUCGCGCUGCAGAAGAAUAUGCAACCUCACAUUCAUCACAAGCAACUGCGGAAGAGAGGAGGAUAGAGGAAACGGUCGUGAAUUGGACACUCUGGGGCAAUUUCAGCAUGGCGGCUACCGCCUCGGCGUCGCUCAUGAAACACAUGCAAACUGAACCGCCUCGACGUCCCCGCGUUCCUAUCAACCACCAGGACCCAAGGGAUGUCUGGUCCCCGUAUCCUCGUUGCAUCGACCCGGUGCCAGGUCACCACAUCUGCGUCUUUGACCAGUGGUGUGAUCUUUGCUGUAUCGCGUUUACCGUCAGCAAGGCGUUCUACUCGGUUGAGCACCGGGUCCCAGCCUCUGAAACCGUUGUCAUGGUCAACGAUGUACAUCGGCGAUUGCAGGGUUGGUAUGCCAAUUUGCCGCCGUGUCUUUAUACUGAAACCGCCGAGGUGCCUCAUGUUGUCGGUGUCCACCUCUUCUACCACACUACCAUCAUUCACAUAUUCUGGCUACUUUCGUCGUACUAUGACUCCACCGGUGAGUACGAUAAAGCUACGUCGGCUCGACAAUUGACUCAUGAGAACGCUCGACGCGUCGCUCAGCUUAUUGGUAUUCACCGUGAGCGUUGGGGAAUCGAUCGGAUGGCCCCCUGCACUAUCCAGUGGGUUACUACCGCUUUAUACACAUUACUAGGAGCACUCGACUCACUCGACAAUCGUAACGCUUUCACCGAGCUCUGCAUUCUGGCCCGGUCGUUCUCUAGACAGUUCCCUCUCGGGAAGGGUAUUAUGCGGAUGCUCCAGCUCACCGCGAAGCAAAUGCAGCUAUCCCUCCCAGAGGAAACCGACUCACUUUUCAGCGAAUUCGCUGCCGAGAACUGGACCGAAAAGGACCGGGAAGCGUUUAGCAGUUUCUAUCCCCACUUCCAAACGGUAAUUCGGAACGGCCCAACAAGGCCGGAUGAUCUGGCUCUCGACAGGUUCCUGGAGAAGUGGGACAAGCUGACCAUCUCCGAUCCAUAAGGGCCUUUGUGCAGCCGCAAUGGAUUAUGACUGUCAGUGCGGCGCAUCGCGAUAUAGCCGACGAGUCGCGAGAGUAUAUAUUAGAAUUGCGCGAUGUAAUUUCUGGGACAC